CGUGUCCUCGACGUUCAUGGAGAAGCGAAUUAGAAAAAACACAACAAGGGGUAGCGUUUUAUUUGCCAUACAACUCAUUUUCAUGUGACGAAAAAGCCGUCCGGGUGGCCUAUUCAUGGAACAGCCGAGGGACUAUUUAUAAGAAGUGAUCUGAAAGAGGAAUGUGGAGUGAGUGUGGAUCCGCUCCCUAAACUAGGAAGUCUUAGGACUACCGGAGGAGAGCCGGCUUUAGGUCGACUUUGAGAAGUCCGAGUCCUGUUUCCCUAUUCUUCUACAGCACUAACGUCACUCUCUGAUGAAUGCCAGUUAGACGCGAGGAGAAUAAGACGCGGUGGAGCGACUGGCUGCCCCUGUUCUCUGUUACAGCCAUGUUAUAACACGUUAUGGUCAUGUUAUAACAACCGUGGUGUCUGAAGUUGAGUUCUGUGAACAUCAACCUUUAAGAUGAGGUCGCCUCUGGCUCCUGGAGUUCGGUUCUGUUCGUCCUUUUCUCGAGACAGCUGGUAUCGGAGCUUCACCCUCUUCCUCACCUUCCUCUCCUACACAGCAUACCACCUGUCACGAAAGCCAAUCAGCAUCGUGAAGAAUGAGCUUCACAGAAAUUGUUCGAUGGUUAUUCGCCCGGCGGACCUCAACACAACGGACAAUGAAACGUGGUGCGACUGGGCACCCUUUGAUCAGGACAACUACAAGACACUGUAUGGGAUGUUGGAUAACUCAUUCCUCGUGGCGUAUGCUAUUGGCAUGUUCUUUAGUGGGAUAUUUGGAGAGCGUCUCCCACUACGCUAUUACCUGUCGUGUGGCAUGCUGCUCAGUGGCCUGUUCACCUCCCUGUUUGGGCUGGGCUACUACUGGAACAUACACUCCAUAUGGUACUACGCAUUCAUCCAGGCUAUGAAUGGACUGGUGCAGACAACAGGUUGGCCUUCAGUCGUGACCUGUGUUGGAAACUGGUUUGGAAAGGGGAAACGAGGGUUUAUCAUGGGGGUGUGGAACUCGCACACGUCGGUGGGGAACAUCUUGGGGUCGCUGAUCGCCGGGGCCUUCGUCUCAACGGCCUGGGGCCUCUCCUUCAUCGUGCCUGGGCUCAUCAUCACGUUCACCGGCGUCCUCUGCUUCUUCUUUCUGGUCGAGAAACCUGAAGAUGUGAACUGCGUACCUCCUCAGCACCACGAGGGAACCGAGCGGGAGCCUCUUCUGCACAGCGCAACUAUAACUGAGGUGACCUCCAGCACCUCCUCCCACGCCACGGAGCGGUCCGAGGAGGAUCACACGCAGGCCAUCAGCUUCUGUGGAGCACUCAGCAUCCCUGGUGUAGUGGAGUUCUCUCUCUGUCUGCUGUUUGCAAAGUUAGUGAGCUACACUUUCCUUUACUGGCUUCCACUCUACAUCUCAAAUGUAGCUCAUUUUGAUGCCAAAGCAGCAGGAGAUAUGUCCACACUGUUCGACGUUGGUGGAAUACUCGGCGGUAUUGCGGCGGGCGUAGUGUCCGACUACUCUGGCGGCCGGGCGACCACUUGUUGUGCCAUGUUGCUCCUCGCUGCCCCCAUGCUCUUCCUGUAUAACUACGUUGGACAGACCAACAUUGCAACUACAGUUGUAAUGCUGUUGGUUUGUGGAGGCCUGGUCAACGGACCAUACGCACUGAUCACCACCGCUGUGUCUGCCGAUCUGGGAACACAUGAAAGCCUUCAGGGGAAUUCAAGGGCGUUGUCGACAGUCACUGCCAUUAUUGAUGGAACCGGCUCUAUAGGCGCAGCGAUCGGUCCUCUUCUAGCCGGUCUGAUCUCUCCCACGGGGUGGAACAACGUGUUCUAUAUGCUCAUUUCUGCUGAUGUCCUGGCCUGCUUGUUCCUUUCAAGGCUCAUGUACAAGGAGGUGCGCGGUUGGUGUAGCCGAACUUAACCUAUAAGAGGGUUCCAGGAGAUCUGACUCAUCUACACCUCAUCCCAGAGGACUGCCGACCGUCAACAAAGUGAAUGAAUUAUUCAUUAAUCACAAGAUUAUUCUGACAUAACAUGGUAAACAUGUUAUAGCACAAAAACCAAAUGGAAAGCAAGAACAUCUCUAUAGGAUUGUUUUAUUCGCUUUCAUCAACUCGUGAAGCACUGCUAUUGUAUAUUAAUCAUAAAAUUAUGUUUCCAAAUCACAUUCCAUUUUACACAUCAGACCAGAGAGAUGAAACAGAAAGGAAGCAAUUGUUACCAUAUUGUUUAUCAAUCGUAGUGGCUAAUUACAUUUUGGAAAUUAUGCCAAUUACAGAUAUCACAAAGUACAUAGUUGAGAAUGCAUUGUAAAUGUGUAAAUUCAUUUAUCCGUAGAACCAGAAAACGUAUAUUUGUAGAUUUAAUAAACCUUAAAGAUAAACUAUAGCCUAAAACCCUUUGACAUUGUUCAGAUAUUUAUAUUGGGGAUUCACAACGCCCUAGAACCUCUCACACUAUUUUUUUAAUUUUGCCUAAACUAGAUUUAAGAGCAUGCUAUGAUAACCAUAAGCAUUAGAUAUUAGUUUAAUUCUCAUAUAACGACUCAGGGCGACUGGCUCAGAAGGACUACAUAUUCCAUUUUUAUACGGAUGCAGGGCCUUGUUUGAAGAGGCCAGCUGGUCACUGUUGGCCUGGCCGAGUGGUCAGCAUGUGGUCACCGAAUGGUCGGGCUGCGAUUCAAGGGAUAUUAUUUUUUUUCUCUCAGCAUAAACUUAGCAUAUAUCUCCCUGAAAGCUUUCUUUUGUUUUUUUUUUGACCUGGAGUUUUUCCCCAAAAGCAAAAAUUGAAAUCCAGCAUCGAAAGCUACCAUUGGCAGAAAAUUAACCCUGGAAUAUACUUAGAUGUUAGGUGUUUUAUAACAAUGUCCAAGUGUUUUAGCCUGUAUUAUUCCUUCAAUAGAUAUCUUAUUCUACUUGAAGACGUUGAAGUCAUUGUCUACUUUUGGGCCGAUGUGACGCACUUAAAAAAUUAAGGGGAAACGGUAAAGACCAUUUUUUUCCCAACACAGACUUUUCGGCAAACAUGGAUAACGGCAAACAUACAAUUUUCUGUCCAUAUUUAAGAUGUUAGAUGUAAACUAUUGGUUAGAAAGUUCCGGUGUUGGAUUGUACAAUCAAGCAGAGCUAUUUCUAGAUGAGUAGUAUAUUUAGAAUCUAGGAUAAUCUUCCAAGUACUCUGAUACAGCUAACACCCCUGCAAUAAAAUAUCAGGGGUGUUAGCUGUAUAUCAAUAUAUCAAUCAAAUAAUUAUUUUCACUGAGGCAUACUGCAGUUGGCCUACCUCUCAAUUCUAACUUAUCAUUAAAUAAUCCAAUACAUAUGGCCUCGACUCAAUGGUUAUUUUGGAGCAAAAAAUUUCUUUGUAUCAGGAGCUCUUAUUGCAGAACUCGAAAUAGGUCACAAUGCUUUAAAAUCGAACAAACCUUGUGCAGAGGUGCUAUUCGUGCAAAACCACAGUAGGCCAGAGGCAGUCAGUGAGCCCAGAAUCAUAGUAUAAUCAUAGUCAUCCUUCUAUGAUCUUGAACCUAGUAAUCCAUGCUAUUUUGUUGCGCUUACUUAAAUAAUACCAUCAUUUGGAGAAAACUAAAAGCUGGUUUCCAACUCCAGGCCAGUCUCUGCCACUAACGUGGUGAACAGUCCACUCAGCUCCGAACUCGAGCCCUAUUCUCCGAGAGGUCGUAGGGCUUUGACGUCACCGUGAAGGGACGGUAGGGAGGGUAUGCCUCCGCCACGUGGAGCUUCUUCUGGUUUGAUGUUGUUGACACAACAACAAUAGCCUUCCGAGAGGCUAAGCUACUCUUACACUUAGUCAGUGGCAGUUCAGGAACACUUUAUGGGGUGUCAAAAGAGUGCCAAUGUGAGAUGGAAGGGGGGUUUGACGUAUGCCUAUUCUGUGAAUGCCAUGUCGCUGUAUAUUUUGGGUCCUAAUAAUGUAGAAGAUGGCCCUAAAAUCAAUAGUUGCCACUUAUAAUAAAUAUUGGUAUACAGGCAGCUUCAGCUUUAUGUCAUCUAAAGAAAAUAAAUUGUGUUGCCUUUUGAGGAUAAAUAAUGUUAGCCAGAGAGCGUAUUGUUUUUUUCUCUUGUAAAUUGUCUAUUUAUUUUAUAUUAUGCAAAAAUAUUUUCGUAUGCUAUUAACCAACCAUCCAGAAUAGAACGGGUGGCGGGAAUGGCCUAGGUGUUCUUGAAAAUAAAUACACAUACACUGAGCACAAGGAUGUAAAGGUAAAACAAAAUAUAUUUGAUAGCUUACAGAGUUCAGUUGUGUUUCAAACUGUGGAGUAGUUUGGAGGAGUGUAUAGUGUACCAGUACAUUGUCAAAAAUAGUUUUCACAUAGUUUUUAACAUAAGGAAAAAUUCGUUUUAGUUGAAAAGUUGUAUAAGCUAGUGUUUGAUCAUUUAAGAUUGCUAAUGUGGCCUGUUUAAUUGCGAAGAAGCACAGAAUAUUACAAACAGGAUAGGAAGGGGGAAGGGGAAGCCAGGCUUAUCCAUUAUCAUCUUAGAGGGAGGGAGCAAUAAGAGUUUGAUAACAAGUCAAUGAAAAACCAUCUUCUCUAUGGCGCCCCGGGCCGGAUUCACAAAGCAUUCUUAAGAAAAAGAAAGUUCUUAAAUAGCACUUUAUUCUCAACUGUGUUCUUAAGACAAAAAUUAAGAUAUGAUAUUAAUGAAGAAAUUCAUUAAAAAGUUUUUUCUUAACUUUCUUCUUACGUUUUUUUUCUAAAAGAGUAUUGAAGAGGAAACAAGAUUCUUGAUGACAAAGCUCUUGAAUUUCUUCUCAAAUUUCUUCACAACUUUAAGAUGACCCUUCACCGGGCUUAAAACAGCUGCAGUGAAAAGCUAAGUCUUUGCUUAAACAUAUCUACUGUAUAUGACAUUUUAUUUAUAUGAAUUCAUUAAUAUAUUGCUUAGCCCAAAACUAUAUGUUAACCAAUGUUGUUCAUUUAAGCUUGUCAUACUAGUUUCUGUAGAUCAAAUAAAGCCUAUUUUGACAAUUGAAAAUUUAAUUGGCCAAAUCUCUGUCAGUAACUAGUAGGCCUAUUGAUAAUUCCAGAGUGUUGAGAUAGCACUGCUGCGCUUAGCACUGUUGCCAGUGUUGUCCUCAAUCUUUUUAAUCCAACGUUAUAGUCGCGCAAUCUUAAUUUUACAGUAACAAUCUUAAGAACUUCUUAAAUCAGAAAACAAAGAAGUUCAUAAGACUAUCGACAAUUCAAAUCCCCAAACCAAUUUCUGAAAUGCUGAUCUGUGAACUGGGAUUUCUGUAUUACUCUUUAACAGGAAAAAAAAAAUGUUAGAAAUGAUUGGUAAACCUUCAAUUUCACACGUCCUAAACUAAUGCAUCUUGAGCAGGAGAAUUGGCUCAGCUAGAAAUUCAGGCCACAGUUCCUGGAUGUUCAGGCCAUAAUAACAUGAUCCCAGUGGCACCAGAACUAAGUGAGUGUAAACCAAAGUCAGGUGACAGAUAAACCUCCAGGAAGAGGUAGCUGUACAAGAUAAAACAGAGAAUGCAAUGCAGGAGUUCCUGCACUCAAGCAUAGAGUAGGGCCGCAGCUCCCUCCAACAGCUCCAAGUGGCCCAAGGAGUUUAAGCUACCAACAUAGCAAGCCAGAGACAAAAUACAGGCAUUUUAUAGUCUGUCCAGACACAUUACCUGCUUUUCCACAUAUGCGUAAGUCCUGCUAUUCUCCUGCUAUUCUCCCGAUGGGCCGUAUGUGUGAACAACAUAUCCCGACAUUGGUAUCCUGAAAAUCUGAAAAUUGAAAAAAAGAGGACCCCUAAGGUAGUAUUUUCUACAGUUAGCUGAACAUUAUAAAGUCCCUGCCUUCCAAUCCCUGUUUACUCAGUUAAACACAGAAAUGAACUACAUUUGACCUAGUGUGUUGUAUGUGAAAUUUGUCUCUAACUUAUGCCCCAAUCUUUCAUUGUUCGAUGCUUCGAAUGUUGUGGAGGCAAACAGCAAUCAAAUAUCUUGGAGUAUUAUUACCAAAGGAAAUUACAACCAUUAAAAAAAUCAAUAAUGACCCAAUCGUGAAUAAGAUCAAUCCUGACAUAUUAAGAGGGAAUUCUAACCCUUUUAUGAGUUUGACACAAAGUAUAGAAUCCAUCAAGAUGAUUAUACUUUCUAGAAUUUUGUUUUUGUUUCAGGGUCACCCUGUGGAAAUUUCUAAAAAGAAUUCAACGACUGGGAUUAAAUUCGGGGAUAUAAAAGUGAGGCUUUGUGGUGUUCUCAAAUUUCUAUCACCGCUUCAUCCGGUAUUUUAGUUCUGUUGCCGCCCUAAUAAAUGCUCUCACCAGGACCACCGAACCUUGCGGGUUCUUUAGUGUUUAUUAUUUCUCCCUGGUGUUGUGUAAUA